AUGGGCAUAAAUACAUUGGAAUAUGUAGAUUUUUUUGCAUGGAACUGAAUUUAGAGAAAGGCGGAUGGAUCACUUUUCAACUUAGCUUAGCUGUCACGUUGUUUUUUCCUCAUUAAAUUAUCCUCGUAAGCAGUGACAUAAGCAGAGACUAAUAAUCAUAGAAUUUUCAUACACAGCGUCUUUUUUGGAAAUUAAAUUAACGUCCUUAGAGUGCGAAUAUCCACACCGUCCAAAAACCCCACGGUCUCAAUUGAACGGUCACGAUUGAUCACCACGUCGAUGAUCACAUCCUGGGCUAGCCUAACAAAUCGUAGCCCAACUUUUUGUAUCCAAAUGGGCCUUGGACUCUGAUUAAAGCCUGGUUUUCUCUGAUCCAAUUGAGAAGAAGAACGAGAUGAUCGAUACCGAGCGCGAAAUCACAGCUCCAUUCGUUCCGAAGGGCGACAAAGCCUCCGAGUCCGAUCAUGCCGCCUCCACGAGCUCCACCACGCCAUCGCCGGGGGAGAAUUCUCCCAUCGAACAAGUCGCUCUUACCGUUCCGAUCUCGGACGAUCCCUCCCUCCCGGCCGUCACCUUCCGAACGUGGACCCUCGGGAUCGUCGCCUGCCUCGUCUUGUCUUUCCUCAAGCAGUUCUUCUGGUACAGGAAAGAGCCCAUGUCGCUCACGUCGAUCUCGGCUCAGAUCGCGGUGGUUCCAAUCGGCCACCUCAUGGCGUCGGCGAUCACCGAUCGAGUGUUCUUCAAGGGGAGGAGGUUCGAGUUCUCGCUUAAUCCGGGGCCGUUCAACGUGAAGGAGCACGUUCUGAUCACGAUCUUCGCCAACUCUGGAGCGGAUAACGUGUACGCGAUCCACAUUGUGAGCGCGGUGAAGGUGUUCUACAAGAGGAAUCUGAGCUUCUUUGUGGCGUUGAUGGUUGUGGUGACGACGCAGGUGCUGGGAUUCGGGUGGGCAGGGCUGUUCCGGCGGUUUUUGGUGGAGCCCGCGGCCAUGUGGUGGCCGCAGAAUCUGGUUCAGGUUUCUCUCUUCCGGGCAUUACACGAGAAAGACAAGAGGCCAAAGGGGGGCUUAACCCGGAAUCAAUUUUUUCUCGUUGCCUUUAUUUGUAGCUUUGCUUACUAUGUCCUUCCAGGCUACCUGUUCUCAAGGCUAACGUCCCUAUCUUGGAUUUGCUGGAUAUUCCCCGCUUCAAUCUUGGCCAAUCAGCUAGGUUCAGGACUUCGUGGUCUCGGUGUUGGCGCGUUUGGAUUUGAUUGGUCCAGCAUAUCCUCUUACCUCGACAGCCCACUUGCCAGUCCAUGGUUUGCCACUGCAAACGUGGCCGUUGGGUUUGCCCUUAUGCUCUAUGUCAUUGUCCCUGCUGCUUAUUGGCUCAAUCUCUACAAGGCCAAAACGUUUCCCAUUUUCUCAGAUGGCCUUUUCACGUCUAAUGGACAAAACUACAAUGUCACAGCAAUAACAGACUCAAAAUUCCACCUCGAUUUGGACGCGUAUGAACGCCAGGGCCCUCUCCAUUUGAGCACAUUAUUUGCUAUUGCAUAUGGUUUGAAUUUUGCCUGCCUUACUGCCACUAUUGUUCACGUUAUCCUCUUCAAUGGGAGACAAAUGCGAGAGCUAACCAAGUCAGCAUUCCAAGAGAAAAAGAUGGAUGUGCAUACAAGACUCAUGAGAAAUUAUGAACAAGUUCCUCAAUGGUGGUUCAUGUCUAUCCUUUUUGUUAACAUAGUAGCGACCAUAUUUACAUGCCAGUAUUACAAUGGCCAACUGCAAUUGCCAUGGUGGGGCAUUUUGCUGGCAUGUGGUUUAGCCAUGUUUUUCACUCUUCCUGUUGGCGUCAUCAAAGCCACAACUAAUCAGACGCCAGGCUUGAAUGUAAUCACAGAGUAUAUCAUUGGAUAUAUAUACCCGGGAUAUCCCGUUGCUAACAUGUGCUUCAAGGUUUAUGGCUACAUAAGUAUGAAGCAGGGGAUUGCAUUUUUGCAAGACUUCAAGCUCGGCCAUUACAUGAAGAUUCCUCCCAGAUCAAUGUUCAUGGCACAGGUAGUGGGUACUAUCAUAUCAGCAUUUGGGCAUUUAGGGACAGCGUGGUGGCUUAUGGACACAAUCCCAGACAUAUGCGACAGGGCGUCGCUUCCAGCAGAUAGCCCCUGGACGUGUCCCGGUGACCAUGUCUUCUACGACGCAUCCGUCAUCUGGGGUCUGGUCGGGCCUCGCAGAAUCUUUGGAGAUCUUGGGUAUUACUCUUCCAUCAACUGGUUUUUCUUGGUUGGUGCAAUAGCUCCCGUGCUAGUUUGGCUUGCACACAAGGCCUUCCCUAACAAGCAUUGGAUUGGACUCGUCAACAUGCCCGUGAUCUUUGGGGCUAUAAGCAACAUGCCCCCAGCCACUGCAGUAAACUACACCAGUUGGGUUCUUAUCGGAUUUGCCUCCGGUUUUGUUGCUUACAGGUACCACCGCGGCUGGUGGAGUCGCCACAACUAUGUGCUGUCCGGCGCACUUGAUGCUGGAUUAGCCUUCAUGGGGGUGUUGCUUUACUUGUGUUUGGGAAUGGAACAUGUAGGCCUCAAAUGGUGGGGAAAUGACUCGGAGGGUUGUCCCUUGGCUUCUUGCCCAACCCAACAAGGGGUUGUGGUUAAAGGAUGCCCACUUGUAUGAACAAUUAGGGAAUUGAUAUGUUUCAAUUUGUUGUAUUUAUCUACGUUAUUCUUCCACUGUAAA